AUGGCCCAAGUUCUCCAACCAUACAGUACCCGUGUGUUCAAUACCCUCCCUGAGCUUCACAUGGCCCAAGACUCUUUUAUGAUAAAGGGCGGGAAAGGCCUUGUUGACAACGUCUUCAAACCUAUGAUCGAGAAACACGGACUUGAAGCCAAGCUGGGAGUCGGCCUCCUACAUAGACACUUUGACCUAGAAGGCUCUGAGAAGCUUGUCGAGUUCAACAAUAUCUCUCUCCCAUGGAAUAGUGACCGCGAGGAUAGUCACAAUGGAGGCAAGGUCUUGCCUAGCGCAUGGGUUGUUCGCAACGGCGGACUCAUCCCUUACGAAUAUUACUUCUCUCCGCUUGGUCGUUGUGGUAGAGUCCGGGGUCGAACAGACAAUAUGCCUUCGUUGUUCCCCCACAUCGGUUUCACCUGCGCUCUUGAAGUCACCGAGGGACGUGCAAACAUUAACCUUUCUCCCGAUCAGGUUGCGGAAGGUGGCUGGGAGGAUAGCACCGAAACAAUGUGGUUUUUUGAACCGGAAUAUAUGAGUACCUCACUUAUGGAUUCUGAGAUGGACGUUCUAAGCAAAGUCAACAAGACUGCCUUGUUACGAAGAGCGACCUCACUUGCGAAUGGACUGGAGUGCGACUUCGUUGGUGACCCUAUCAUGAGGGAUGACCAGGCCAUUCUAAGAAUUAACUUUCCCAGCGAAGGCAAGUCCUGGGCGGCUAAGAUUCCGUUUGAGCAGCAGUGGCCCUUCUAUGAAAUUUCCGUGCGACCGCUUGAGUUCAUCGCACGCAACCAUCCUAGGAUCCCGGCACCUCGGGUUCACGACUAUGUCGACGCUGGUGCCGAACAAGAAAACCCGGUGGAAGUUGCGUAUAUAUUGAUGGAUUGGAUGGAUGGUAGCCACAUGCAGCCAUGGAGUUUGAGCGAGCCGUCUAUUUCAGCGAGGCAUCGGGUUCUGGAACAGAUCGCCGACAUAAUGCUGGAGAUGUUGUCAAACAAGCCUAUUGAUGGGGGGAUUUACUUAUAUGGUGUACCCGACGGCACACCUAAAAAUACUCCAGUCUCAACUGUAGUCUGGUUGACUGAAAGUAUAGACAGAGCACUUCGACGUCAUCUACGUCAGAAAAAGACCUCAAUAGUGAUUGAUAAUCUUAUUCAACGGUCCAUGGUCGCUCAAUAUGUUGUCCCUGAACAUAACACUAGCUACUGGGCAGCUAUUCAUCCAGAUCUCCACAGUACAAAUAUUAUUGCCGACAAGGAUUGGAAGAUCACAGGGUUAAUAGACUGGAACCUCAUGUCUGCCCAGCCGCUUCAGAAGUGGGCUGUUUUCCCUAAGCUAAUUGACCAUAUCCCUGGUGCCGCUCCACCUGAUUUACCUGCAGAGUAUACCUAUCUCAACUUGGCGCAAGACAAGGCCUACUUCGUAGCUGUUCUCGCGGAAAAGGAGAGGAAGAACACUUCUAAGAUGGAUGUUGCGAAGCUAGUUGAGAGUUCGACGGAGCGCACGUUCUUCGAGAUGUCGCAUAAUGCUCUGACUGUACAUAGGAAAUUUGCGGAGAGGUUUUGCAAGCGGGCGAAGGCGAAUGUGGAGGGAGCGAGGAGGGAGCUCGAGCUCUUCCUCGCUAAGAAUCCAGGGAUUAGUCGCGAUGAUGCAGGCGUGGUGGAUGUUGAAAAGGAGUUGGACAGGCUGUUGGCGAAUAUAGCGAAGGAUUGA